AUGAGAGUCCGCUCGUCUGUGUUCGCCUGCUUCAUUUUAAUAUUUGAAGUGCUCGGCGUUGCCCUCUUCCUGAGGGGCUUCUUCCCUGUUCCUGUCAAGUCUUCUUUCUCAUCCAAGAGCAGGCUGUCGGAUUUACCCGCGGAGCCGCUGGCAGGAAGCCCUCCCAACUCCACCCGCCUGCCCCAGCCCCUGUUCAGGAGGGUCGUUCUCAUGGUGGUGGAUGCACUCCGAGAGGACUUCGUGUUUGGACCCUCCGGGGGGUCCCACAUGCCCUACACCCGGUACCUGGUGGAGAAAGGCUCGUCCCACAGCUUCGUGGCCAAGGCAAGACCUCCCACUGUCACCAUGCCAAGGAUCAAGGCUCUCACCACCGGCAGCAUCCCGGGCUUCAUCGACGUGGUGAUGAACCUGAAUUCCCCCGCCCUCCUGGAGGACAACCUCAUUUGGCAGGCCAAAACGGCCGGCAAGCGCAUCGUCUUCUACGGGGACGACACGUGGAUCCGCCUCUUCCCGAAGCACUUCAUGGAGUACGACGGAACAACGUCGUUCUUCGUGUCCGACUACACUGAGGUGGACAACAACGUGACGCGCCACCUGGACAGCACCCUGAAGAGAGACGACUGGGACGUCCUGGUCCUCCACUACCUGGGCCUGGACCACAUCGGCCACAUCAGCGGGCCCCACAGCUCGCUCGUCCGGCCCAAGCUGCUGGAGAUGGACGACGUCCUGAAGAAGAUCCACGGUUCCCUCGUCUCCAAGGAGGCUGAGGGAUCUUUGCCCUACCUGCUGGUGCUGUGUGGAGACCACGGCAUGACCGAGACCGGCAGCCACGGGGGCUCCUCGGAGCCAGAAGUCAACACGGCUCUGGUGCUCAUCAGUCCAGCCUUCAAAAGAAAAGCGGGAAUGGAGAGGCCCGGCGAGGUGGAGCAGGUCGACCUGGCCCCGACGCUGGCCCUGGGCCUUGGGCUGCCCGUGCCUCAGAACAGCGUCGGCCGCGUCAUCCCCGGCGUGCUGGAGGAGCGGUCGAUGCGAGACCAGCUGCGCUUCCUGCAUCUCAACGGCCACCAGCUCAGCUGCCUGCUCCGAGACAGCACGCCCGACUACCAGAAAGAGGCCGGCUUCGAACAGUUUCGUGUGGCAGAAAAGGCUCAUGGGAGCUGGAUGAAGCUCUACCUGGAAGGAAACACCUCGGAGGUUCUGACCAACAUGGGCAAAAAAGUCCUGAAGCAGUACCUGGAGGCUCUGGCUGCCAUGAGUUCUGCUCUGAGCAGACAGCUGGGCAAAUACGACAUGUACUCCAUGAUCGCAGGAAUGGUGUUUGUGUUCCAGCUCCUGCUGGUCUUACUGCUGGCGAUGCCCGAAGCCCUCAGCAGCGCCGCGGCAGUGGACCUUCCAGUGCGCUCCUCCCUGCUCUCCCUGCCUUUCUACCUCUUGUGCCUGCUCCUGGCCUCCGUGCACGUGUUGGUGUGCACGUCUGCGGAGAGCUCCUGUUACUUCUGCAGCCUCUCCUGGGGCCUGGUGUUUGCCGCCGUUGCCUUCUCCUCGGCAAUGUUUUGCAUUCUGAUCUCCAUGGCGAUGCGGAGGCUCCCGCUCGGACCCACGGCCCAUGGGAAGUCUCCUGUGCGGAGCUCCGGUGGGGAGUGGUCGCUGUCGGAGCUCGACGUCCUGCUGCUGGCCGGAACCGUCGGCCACACGCUCAGCCUGGCGGCGAGCAGCUUCGUCGAAGAGGAGCACCAGACCUGGUACUUCCUGCUCAACACGCUCUGCCUCGCCGUCUUCCAGGAUGUCUGCAGGAAGUACUUCAGGGAGCAGAAGGGCUCUGGAGACGAAGAGGAGCACCUCCUUCCGUCCAAGGACGGCCACUCCUCUGCUCACCCCAAGCAGGAGGUCGUCUCGGAGAAGUGGCUGGCGCUGGCCACGCCCCCCUUCACUCUGCUUUGCUGCCGGCUGCUUCGCUCCCUCAACCAGACAGGAGUUCAGUGGGCCCACCUCCCAGAUGUCAGCCACUGGCUCAACAGCGCGGAACAUAAGACGGUCCUGUCCCUGCUGUCCGCGCUCUGCUUGCUCCUCAUCUACCUCCUGGUUCAGAGACGCUGCUCGCUCGUCUCCAAGGUCGCCCUGGCGCUCGGACUCCUGGGUGUCUACAGCUACCGGGCAGCUCUCGGCAAUGUCCUGUUUCCCUGGCAACGCUCCGGCCGAGCCGCGUCCAAAGGAACAGUGGAGGCACGCUUCGUCUACGUCUUCGUCCUGGGCAUCCUCUUCUCGGGCACCAAGGACCUGCUGAGAUCCCAGAUCGUCACGGCAGAUGCGAAGCUGAAGAGCAGGGGGUUGUGGGAGAUUUACGGCGGCCUGGUGCUGCUGGUUUCGCUCCUGUUCCGGGCCCAUAACCUGCCGGUGCUGUGCUGCGGACUCCUCAUCCAGACGCUCAUGGCUCAGUUCAUCUGGAAGAAGCUGCACUACGAUGCGGCCCAGACCACCAUCAUGCAUUACUGGUUUGGCCAAGCCUUCUUUUACUUUCAGGGCAACUCCAACAACAUUGGCACCGUCGACAUUUCUGUGGGCUUUGUUGGUCUGGAAAGCUACAUCGAAGCGCCUGCCAUCUUUUUAACAGCUCUCAGCACUUACGCGGGUCCCCUGCUCUGGGCCUGUCACCUUGUCUGCUACCUGAGCUCGGAGAGAGAAAGGAGCCCGGUCACCGUCGGCCACGGCUGCUACUGCUUGGCCCUGCUGAGGUCGGUGCCGGCCGCCGCCUACGUUGUCCUGGUGACGGUUCUGCGCUACCACCUCUUCAUCUGGAGCGUCUUCUCGCCCAAGCUGCUGUACGAGUCCAUGCACCUGCUGCUGACCGCGGGAGUGUGUCUCGUCUUCAUCACCAUGGAGCAAAGUCCCGGCUCCAGUAAGUCCUAGUGGGAGGCGAGGCGGGGUCGGACACAGACCCCCUCAGACUGCCGCCGUACAAUCGACUCCCGCUCUUCAUCUCCUCACGCUGUGUGAAUAGAUGUGCACUCAGUAAUAUAUUUAAAUACUUUUCUGUUUCUAAAAAAUGGGGGUGGGAAGUGGUUGAGGAUGAAUAAAAAUGUGAUGUAACUUGUGGAAAGAGAAACACCUGUUUCCCUGAGAGAUGUGCUGGACUUGGAGGUGCAGAAUAAAAGCAGGCUGUCGGAGAACUUUGAUGUUGCGUUUUCUGGGGGUAGCUGCGUGUGUUUAUCUGUUUCCAUGCCGACCUGCGUCCUCCAGGCUCACCCCGCCUCAAAACGCUGCGCUCUCUGAAGUCGAGACCGUCGGUUCCCCCGGGGCUCCGGAUGCUUCUUGAUCAGAGGUGAGAGUAACGGCAUCGAACACGACAGUUUUCCAGUUAGAGGAUGUUGGGAUUCGGGGUCCCGCUGCGUCCUUCACUCCCCAACACGGAUACUGGAUUAUUAAUCUAGCCAGAUGUCCCACUGUGACGGACCGAAAGGGGUCCGCUGUCGAUGCCUCUGUGUGUGCCGACUCGGGCCUAAAGGUGCCGAGGUGAGUGUGAGCGAGAUGUCAGACGGCUCCAGCCUGCGUCCGCCUACUCGGAGCUCUAAAACCGGUUCUAAUCGGGCAGUGCUAAUGAAAAUAGCUGUGUGGGAGGAACACAGGAGCGCAGAGUGGGAGUUUUAAAGACACUGCAGUCAUUUCUCUGUAGAAGUUUUUCUAAUGUAUCAUGGAUAAUUGAUUAAACUCCAGUUUUCUUUUCUUUUUUUUCUUUUUUUUUUGUUUUUUUAAUUAUCAUUAUUCCAUAAGUUGAGCUUUUUCGGUGGUAAUUGUUUAUGAAGCUCUCUUGGAGAGCAAACAGCUGUCAGGGUUACACUUCUUUCCAAAAGUAUUUAUUCAUCCUAAGCUUUUCAUUUUGUCACGUUAGAACCACAAACUUCAGUGUGUUUUAUUAGGACCAUUUACUUGUAUUCGGACAAAAGGUGAAACUUAGCUGUUGAGUUAAUUCCUGCAUAUUUACACCACUGUGAAUGGUAAUGUUGAUUAAUGUGAACUGUCCUAAUCAAAUUUAAUUAAUUCUGCAUUUUUAUAUGCAAUAGACUAACUAGUUUUUCAAAAAUAUCAUUCAGAUUACAAAUGAAAAAGGUGUGGAAGAUGUUUACCAAAAAGCAAAAUGCUUCCAAAUCCACGUUUUACACUGAGGGCAGUGCGUUCAGGGUGACGUGUAGCGUUAGAGAUUACAUCCAUUCUCCUAUCAACUAAAACUUUAAAACCAUUUUGAUGUCAUCUGAGUACACCAAUAAUCAAGGUCACUAUUCACCCAACAUGUGUCACCCAGUUUGGGGUGCCACCAGGUUUUGGGUGCCACAUGUUGGGUGAACUUUAGGGUUAACAUCUUGUGGUUAACUCCCAGAUUCUUCCACCUGAGCUCAGGAUUUCUACUGCUGCUCCAGAGUCAACAUGGCCCUCUUGACUGCUCUUCUAGUCUGGAUUUUAUUUUAGGAUUUCACAGUUAAAGGGGGCUCAAUACCAAUGCUCUCCAUCUGGACCAGACUUUAGAAACGGUUCUAGCCCAGGGCGCCACUGAUUUUAUUUAUUUUUUUUAUUAUUUUCUUUUUAAUGAAUGCAUGUUUUGCGAACCUUGCACUUUAUAUAAUGAGCUCUGGCUCAUAUCAGAUGAGUUGUAUUAAUAUUUUGGGAUUUUUAUGAAUAUAAACAAUACGUAUUUGAACAUUAGGACCAAAACUCUUUCCAGUUCAGACCCCCGCAUCAUUGUAAAUCUGACCCUGCUCAUAACUGUUCAGAUAUUUGUUAUACAUUUUGGAAAAGCAUAUAUGAUAUUCGUUCCAUUUCAUAGAUAUACAUGUGUUGUUCUGUCUCAUGAAAACCUUGAAGUUUUUGAGGCUUUAACAUGACAAAAUGGAAAAAUGUUUAAAUGGCACCAAUACUUUUGCAAGUAUUCUCAGUUAUCGUCAACGUCCAAAAGGGGGAAAAGGAUAAUUUUCUGCUUUAUUUUUACGUUAAUCAUUUAUUCUUUCUUAUUUUUCUCUGUUUGUUUGCAAAAUUAACCUGAGUUCUGACUCAGAAACUGAACCUUUUCACCGUGCGGUCUUUGUGUUCUGUCAUGCCCACAAACAAGAGCCAAACUGGCCACCGAGGCGGCUUCGAUCCAAAGCAGUGAGAGCAGCGGUGAAACGGUGACGCUCACCUUUAUUCCACACACUGAUCCAAGUUGCUCUCAAAGCUGCCUGAGUGACCCGGCCUCUCCCCGUCCUGGAACUGUGUGUAUCAUUUGAGUAAUGAGAGCAGCUGCCGAGCCAAGGAGCAACACACGAAGCAGAAACUAAAACUAUCUGAACUGUUAUUUCUUUUGGCAUUGCUGAUGUGAAGGAACAUCUGCGACUCCUUCACAGCGCCGCAUUGAUUACAACCUGCCAGCUCCGACAUCUCCCCCACUUUGAGGUCUGAACAGAAAAAAUAAGGGAGAAGUAAGGGAUCAAGCUGAAAAAUGCAACAGUUUGCGGCGUUUUCAUCUCCAGGCAGAGAAACCGAUUGUUCCCACCCUUAAUGCUUGUCACUCGGCUUGAUGAGCCGCCUGCGUUGCGAAACAGCUUCUCGCCCGAGGCAGAGAUCCCCGACACCCGGCGAGCCCGGCCCGCCACAGGCGUCGCGCCCGGGGGACGUUCGGUGCGUUUGCUCCUGCGCCGAUUCCCGCCGUAGCUCAGGCCUUUUGUUUUCGCCGUGGCUCACCUUGACUGGGACUGACAGACGGAAUGCAAAUGCCCCCGGACACGCAGCAGGAUUUCCGCCGGAGUUCAGAGGGUCUGCGGCGGGAAGACGCGUUGCAUAUGGAUCACUGCGGGUCGGGUCCUCUCCAUCACAGGGAAAGGCACGUUCAGCUUGUGAGAGAGUCCGGGAGCUCAGAGUUAAUUUGACCUUUUUCUAAACCGUCAGAAUGCUACUGUCAAGUGCCUUUUCCGCUCUUUGGCUGAACGGGGAAUCUCAGCCAGACUUCAAAGUCUGCCAUAAAUAGUUUAUGAGCCAGAUAAUAAUCUACAUGACUCUGAGGAUUAGUCUGUCAGUGCUCGGUAUGCUCCACGUCUCUGUCCGACAAGCUCUGCAUUGUCUUUACAAACUGAGCUGCUAACCCACACAGAUGCUACGGAGUUCUCCUGAAUGUGACGUUCGAGGACAACACCACCAGUCACAUCAGUUACUAUCAUGGCAAAUCAUUAGCUAGUAGACUAAAGUGAUAGAAAAACCAACAGUCAUGAUGAACAAACUGAUGUCGAACAGAAAAUGUUGUACAUCCUGGUUAUAGAGCAUCUGAACAAAAUGGGUACUUUGAUUAAAAACUUAAUUGGAGACAGAAAAGUAUCUAAAGAAAUGCAGAAAACAAUCAACUGCUUACUUAAAAUCAUCUCGGAUGCUUGAGAAAUCCAACCAAAACCAGAAAGACGUGGAAGAAAACAAACUACCAUUCUGGUAGGAUGACGGGUGAGUCUGAUCAGCCAACGAUCAAAGAACAUCUACUGUUACCUGUGAGUUGUGUAGCAGUAAGGAUGCCUCUGUGAACCAAAGGUAUCAGCUAGUAGCCCCAACAGAACCCCGUUGUUCAAAACCAAGAAUGGACACGUUGGCAAAGACGUCGUUGUUUGCCCUGAAGAAAAAAAUGGGGCAGAUGGUUUGUCAGACAACAAUCUAAUGCUAAAUUUAAAGAGGCAGGAAACUGGGAAGAAGGGUUGCCGAGGCGUUGCGGUAUAGUCAGGCAGGGAAUGGUCAACGUAAGCCGACUGUUUAACGUUUGGACCAAACGUUGACCGAACAUUCGCUGUGAAGAAAAUACUUUUACUGUGAUUUCUUUUAAUUAACCUUUAUUGUUGAAGGAACGAUGUCUCUACAUGUUCAUUGAUCGUUGUUGUCAUGCUUAUCUACUGCACAGUAAGGGGUUCUUUAUGCUAAAGAGGAAGUGGCUUCAGAAGUUUAGUGACCUCAAACACACCAGUAAGCCAGCAGCAUCUUGGUUGCAGAUGGAGGUUUUGUUAGCAGAACCGAAUCUCCUCACUCUGAGGAUUGGGUUAGCAGAAGUGGCUAACCCAAUCCUCAGACUUCAAUCCAAAAGAAAACUUGUAGAGUGACAUUAGAGAUGCUGAUUCUGAGGUAAGAACAAAAUAUUGAGGGAAACUGUGGAACGGACAGCAGUCAGCCUGAUCGUCCUGGACUAGAACAUGUUCAGUGUUUAAGUUUUCUUAAAUUCUUCAAGCAUUUUGCAGUAAAUAUUUGAGUUUGUAAGCCAAAAUGCAGACACUGCGCUUUUUUUUUAACCGCCUAAUAUUCAUUUUUCCCAUGUUUCUGUAAACUGAGAGCAAACUUAAUCAAUUUUCCUUCACUAUCGGUGUUUCCAAUCCAUUGGUGAACUUGUAGUGAGUUUGUGUGUGUGAAAGUCAAAGCUGCAGCAUGUAGUUAGAGCGUUAUUUAAGUGUUGUUAUUUAGAACACAGCUGCAUUGAUUUACUGCUGUGAGAUAUAAAAAUGAUUGUUGUUCCAGACUUCUCAGAGGGUUUCUCUGCUGCUGAAGAUGAAUUAUGCUGGAUGGAGUAACAUUCAUCUGCAUCUCAUUAGUGUCCUUGCACUAAAUGAAAAAGCCUCGGCUUCGUUUAAUGGAGCCGAGCAGUUCUGUACGGAAGCUGAGAAAAAACGGGCAAUAAUGUUCUUGGGGAUGGAGUUUGAUCUUUAUUUCAGUGGAUUCUGUGUAAAAGGGGCUUUUCCGAUCGACCCGGUCGUAUUUAUUUUCCAAAGAGCCACAAUGACUGCAAAGUGAGGUUCGCCGAUACGCUGAGCUCGCAGGCGGCAGACAGAAAUCCUCAGCCCGGCGUUUUACAGACGGCCUCUCUUCCCUCUCGUCCCCCCAGCGGAUCGUCUGUAAGCCCCCGUCCGUCUGCAGCGGUGCAGGAAGCCUCGGCUCUAACGGGGCUGACACUCUGUGUGUGUGAAAUCGCUCCUGUGUAUCUAAAAUACCCAGCAGCCCGUGAAAUGGAUCGGAAUAAUUGUUUCGUUCACAUGGCUGGAAGCUCUCACGCGUCACGGCGAACGUCUCGGCUUGUGCGUUGUUUCCUCCAGAUUCCCUCCUCGGAGGAAGAAGCGUUUAUUUUCGUGUUGUUAACCACCAGGGUUAGUUUAGUUUAGUUUCUUCAGGAUCUCCUGGUGAUGGUGUCAACUGUACCACAACAAACAUUUUUGCAAAGCACUCUUCUUCAAUGAGCACACAAAAUCAUUCUCGCUUGAUUUUUCUGUCGUUUUAAUAGAAACUAUGCAACUCGAGCUGUUUGUGUGUCGUCUGUUGAUUUGUUUCUGUUGGUUUUACGUGAUCAUCUCAAUAAAGCCGAUCUUUGUACCUAC